AUGAUUUUUACACCAGCUUCUUAAUAAGAGAAAGCAACUUUAGAGAAGAUAGGAGAUUUUUUAAUAGGUUUAAGCAAGAAUGUACUUAAGCAAGGAAGUUCUAUAAGUUUACCAAAAUUUCUGUAGGAUUUAGAACAUACUUCUAAUGAAUUAUGUUAUAUGCUUUAAGCAAGAGAUUAAAAUGAUUAUAGUCAUGCUAUCAAUAAAUAUACUUAAGUUUGGAAGGAUGUAUUGAGAUCUGUUUAAAAUAACAAUCAAAUACAUACAGAAGGUGAACUUGAACCAUUUUCUAGAGCAGAUUUGAUGUAAAGAAUGAAAAAGAGAUUAAUGGAAGGAGGAUAAACUGGUAAUUUAGGAGGGGCGAGAGUUGGAGCAUUUUAAUCACCUUUAGCAGAAAACGAUCGAAUUAAGAAUCGUUAAUUAAGUAGUAAGAACUCUAAUAUACUUCCAUCUAUUAGAUUAAAUUCUUUUGAUUAAUAAACUGAUCGAACUCUAAAUAAUUCCUCAAGAAUGCAAUAUGAAUUAGAUGAUCAUUAAAAAUGCAUCUUAAAUGAAGUCUUGAAACAAAGUAAUAAAUUAAAUGUAUAAAUUGUUAUGAAACGAUAUGAUCCUAAAAUUAAGUUAUGUAUAUCACAAGGAACUGAUACUAAUCUUGAUAUUUUAGAGGUUAUGAGAAAUUUCAAAAAGGUAUUACUAAAUAUUCUCUAUUUAUUUAGGAAUAUCAUGAAAGUAAAUUAUAAGAGAUUGUAUAAGAUAGUGAUAAACAUAGUAUGGAAUUAUAGAAAUUCCUUAAUGAAAGGAUUGAUCAUCGAUAUGCACUCUAAACUUAACAAGUUACUGAUAAAUUAAAAGGUGUUCAUAAAUAAAUGAUUUAAAAAACCAUGGAUAUUGAAACUAUUAUAUUAGAUACAUAAAAAUAAUAAACCUCAUAAGAUAUUAUACCAAAUAUCUUAAACGAAUUUUUAGAAUAUGUAAAUGAGAGUUAUUAGAAUGUUUAACAUGAAACUUAUAAAGUACUUAUGAAAUUUGUUUCUGGAUUUAUUAUUCGAAAAGUUAAAUAGGAUUCUGAGAAAAAGUUACCAUAAUAAAAUUCUUAAUAAAUAUUAUAAGGUUCUAAUAAAGAUAGAAAGGCUCCUCCUCCUUUGAGAAGAACUGAUAACUCCGAAUAAUUACAAAAAGAAUUAUCAAAUAAAAAUGUUGAGUUGGAUAAAAAGUUUAUGGAGAAUGCAGAAUUAUGGAAUAAAGUUAGAUAAAUGGAGAAUCAAAUAAUGUAAUUAAAUAUUGAAAUUGAAUCUACUAAAAUAGCUGAAAAAUCAAUUGAGUAAGAACGAACUCAAUUAUUAUAUGAAAAAUAAAAAUUAGAAAAGUAAUUAUCAGUAAUAACAAAUAAAACAUUUUAAGAUUAGGCAGUUUAAGUUUCAGAUCAAACACUAUAAUAAUAAAUAUCAAAAUUAUAAAAAGAGAAUUAAGAAUUAUAAUAAAGAAUUUAUUAAUUGACAGGAGAAUUAAAUAAAAAGAAAUCAAUACCUGCAGAUUAAAAAAGUCUUUAAAUGGAUUAUGGUAAUAGUUAAGAUCAGUCUAAUAAAGAUUCACCUAAAGCAACAAGUAAAAUGAAAUCUUAAUUUGACUUUGCUUAAGAUGAAGAUAAUAUAUCAUUAGGAUAUCGUGGAGAAUCAAAUAGAUAGAUUUAAUUUAGUGAUUAUACUAAAAGAUAAAGUACUGAUGUUGGAUAUAGAAUGAGUUUUACUCAACAUGUUAAAUCUUAAAAAGAUGAAAAGAUUUAAAAAAAUAAUAAUUAAAUAUCAGAUAUUUAAUAAAAUAAGAGAGGAUUUUAGCAUUCAUCUACUGAAAUUCAUCCUUCUAAAUAACCUAAUAAAUCAACAACAAUAGAUUAGAAAUCAAUAUAAGAAUUAGAUGAAGAAUAAAUUUAAAAAAGUGGUUUACUUUAGUAAUAACAUUAAUCAUAAUAAGUUAGAAAAAGUAUAUCUCCAAAUAAUGAAAAUUCUUAAUUAUUGCGAAAGAUGAGUUCAAUAUAAAAAUCUGAUUAAUAAUUAACUACUUCAAUAGUAAGAAAAUCUACUGUGAAUUAAAUGAAGAUUAAUGAUUCAUCUUUCCCUGAUAUUGAUGUAACUUAAGCUUAAACUAUUUAAGAUACAUUAAGAACAACAUCAGACAGAAUUUUAAAUAUGACUGAUAGAAAAAAUGAUUUAAGUCCUUUAGAUAGAAGAAUCUAAACUGAAAAUACUGAUUAAACAUAAUUUGAAUAAAAUUAAACUAUAAUAUAGAAUGUACAAUUUUAAAAUACUCCUUAAUAAAAUAAAUAAUUUAGAGGAUAAAAAAAAUCUGAAACUCUAUUGGUUAAUAAAAAUAAAAAUAAAUUUGCCAGAAAAUCUACAGAUGCUAUGAGAGAUAUUUAAGAAGAUUAAUAAUCUUCUACAAAUUCUAAUAGAGGUUCAGCAAGAUUGAUAGAAAAUAAUAAAACAAGAAUACCUCUUAUAAAAGAAGAAGAUGAAAUUAGUAGACCUUCAAAGUCUCGUCUUUCUUCAUAAUAAUCUUCCUAAUCUCAUAUACGAAGAUCAAGUACUACUAUUUAAUAACCUAUUAAAAUGGCAAUUAAAGUAAAUGAUGAAAAUCCAGCUGAAUUUAUUGCAUAAUGGAAAUAAAGAACAGUUGAUUAAGAAUAAUAAACAGAUAUAGAAUUAUUAACUAAUUUUAUAUAAAGUUUUAUUAUUAAUAUAGGAUUACCAAAUGAUGUAAAAUAAAAACUAAUUGAUACUAUUCCACUUAUCAUUUAAUCAAAUAAUCUUAAUUUAUUAUCUGAAGAUUCUAAUAACUUUUUGAACUAAAAAUAGUCUUUUAAAAAUGUUGUUUAAAAAUAUGGCUUUGAUAAUGAAAGAUUAAGUUCUAAUUAAACCAAAAAUCAUAGUUCUAAAUAAUCUUAAGAAUCAUUACUUAAACAUGAAACAGAUGAUGAAUAAAUAUAGAUGACUUCUAAAUUAGAUUCUUAAAAAUUAAUUGAUACUUAAAAAUUUCAAAAUUAAAUUCAAAAUAAAAAAUCAAUUAAACUCAUUAAUGAAAAAUAAAAAAAAGAAAUAAAUAUGUAAAAAUAAACUUCUAAAUAAUCAAUUGAUACUUAAGAAUAAUUUGAUUAGGAAGAAACACAGUAAAUUUUUAAUUAAGCUGCUGACUUAAAUAUAGAAUAAGUGGAUUAAAUGCCAUAUGAAGAGAUUGUCAAAAAAAUUGAAGAUUAAGAAAAUGAUGGUAAAUAACUUCAAAUAUUCAAACCUAAUGAACUUAAAGGAGAAACUUUCUUGAGAACUUUAUUUAAUCAAAUUCAAAACAAAAAAACCAAAGGUGUUGAAAAUGUUUAAGAUUUAUUAAGAAAAUUUUAUAAAAAAGGAAAACAUGAAAAAAUAACUUAUUAUGAAUUCAAAGCUUUUUAUUAAAAAUUAGCAGCAAUACAUAAAAUGUGCGGACAAGAUAUGAUGUGUAAUCAUCUUUAAAGAUUUAUUAUGAGAUUGGGAUAUACUUGUUCAAUAUUUUCUAAAAGAUAAGUAAUUUAUAUAAACUUAAGAUAUAUAGAUAUUAAAAACUAGUACUUCAGUUAUUAAACCUUUUAAUAUUANCUCGUCUUUCUUCAUAAUAAUCUUCCUAAUCUCAUAUACGAAGAUCAAGUACUACUAUUUAAUAACCUAUUAAAAUGGCAAUUAAAGUAAAUGAUGAAAAUCCAGCUGAAUUUAUUGCAUAAUGGAAAUAAAGAACAGUUGAUUAAGAAUAAUAAACAGAUAUAGAAUUAUUAACUAAUUUUAUAUAAAGUUUUAUUAUUAAUAUAGGAUUACCAAAUGAUGUAAAAUAAAAACUAAUUGAUACUAUUCCACUUAUCAUUUAAUCAAAUAAUCUUAAUUUAUUAUCUGAAGAUUCUAAUAACUUUUUGAACUAAAAAUAGUCUUUUAAAAAUGUUGUUUAAAAAUAUGGCUUUGAUAAUGAAAGAUUAAGUUCUAAUUAAACCAAAAAUCAUAGUUCUAAAUAAUCUUAAGAAUCAUUACUUAAACAUGAAACAGAUGAUGAAUAAAUAUAGAUGACUUCUAAAUUAGAUUCUUAAAAAUUAAUUGAUACUUAAAAAUUUCAAAAUUAAAUUCAAAAUAAAAAAUCAAUUAAACUCAUUAAUGAAAAAUAAAAAAAAGAAAUAAAUAUGUAAAAAUAAACUUCUAAAUAAUCAAUUGAUACUUAAGAAUAAUUUGAUUAGGAAGAAACACAGUAAAUUUUUAAUUAAGCUGCUGACUUAAAUAUAGAAUAAGUGGAUUAAAUGCCAUAUGAAGAGAUUGUCAAAAAAAUUGAAGAUUAAGAAAAUGAUGGUAAAUAACUUCAAAUAUUCAAACCUAAUGAACUUAAAGGAGAAACUUUCUUGAGAACUUUAUUUAAUCAAAUUCAAAACAAAAAAACCAAAGGUGUUGAAAAUGUUUAAGAUUUAUUAAGAAAAUUUUAUAAAAAAGGAAAACAUGAAAAAAUAACUUAUUAUGAAUUCAAAGCUUUUUAUUAAAAAUUAGCAGCAAUACAUAAAAUGUGCGGACAAGAUAUGAUGUGUAAUCAUCUUUAAAGAUUUAUUAUGAGAUUGGGAUAUACUUGUUCAAUAUUUUCUAAAAGAUAAGUAAUUUAUAUAAACUUAAGAUAUAUAGAUAUUAAAAACUAGUACUUCAGUUAUUAAACCUUUUAAUAUUACAGAUGACCCGACUACACAAUCUAAAAUAUCUAAUACUCACCAAAAUUUAGCUAAAAGUAGAUUCACUGAUCAACAAUUUUAUAUGUCCGAAGAAUAGUUUUAUUGA